CGAGAUCCGGCCGACAAAAUGCUUCCAUGGGUCAGAUUAGUUUUUUUUGACGCCCCCUCUGCUCCCUCCCUUCCCUCUCUCUUUGUCUCUCCUCCCUUCUCUCCUCCCUCUAUCAGUCAGUGCGCCCGUUGGCACGGGGAAGAUUGAAAGUGACACACUCUGAUUAGAAACCGGUCCUUUGCACCGAUAAAUCCCGCUAUUACCGAAACUCACACACACACACCGGGCGUUCGCUUCUCGGUCAGGUUCGUGUUUUGCGUUUUGUCUCCCGGGUGGUUUUGUUUCCACUCACGAGCGUUUUCCCGGCUGCGCCGCGUCGUUUUUUUUUUUUGCGCUCGUUUCUCUCUUUCGGGGAUGAAGCCAUGAGUUCAGAGGAGCGCAGACUUUUGCCACUGAGACGCGCUCUGAGCUAAAAGGCGGACAAACGCGCAAAGGCAGGACGGGAGAAAAGUGCAGACUGCAUCUGAAACAUCAAGUUUGUUUGUGCGCUCCGGUCCGACAGCAGAGUCCACGGCUUCGGGACAGACCACUACUGGUGUUCACAAAGUCUCCAUCCCUCCCUCCCUCUCUCUCUCUCUCUCUCUCUCUCUCUCUCUUUCUCUUCGCCACUACUUCCCCACAGACGAGCAUCCUCCGUCCACCUCCUGUGUCCGUCCACCUCUCCACUCACUCCGCUGCUUCGCCCCCGCCCCCAAACACCGCCACCAGUAACUAACUUUUUUUUCCCCCCCCUUCGUGGAUCUCCGGUCCGGCUCCGGCACGUCGAGUCCAGAUUCAGUAGAAACCCAGCGUGACCCGCCGUGUAUCCAGGAGCCGAACCACAGCCCAGCCCUGGAUUCAAUACUCCUGAUCAAUGGACAGAGCCUCCUCAGCGGCCAGCAGCGCUACAGACACGCCGUAAACAACUCGUUCUCUCUGGCUGGAGCUCCUCUGGGGGUCUGGAGGAGGAUGGAGCGAGGAGGGGAGAGUCCCAUCACCCAGGACAGUCCUGAGCGGAGGGGAGGCAGCCCAGAUCUCAGCGGCCUCCCACCACCGGGGAAGAAGGGCCGGCUGGAGCUCAAUGGUAGCCCCACUGGGCCGCGUAUACGCCACAAUGGAGCCCCACUAAGACCCCUAGGAGGUCUCAUGAUUCCAGUCUUCUGUGUGGUGGAGCAGUCGGACGGAGGGAUUCAGACAGACGGAUGUGAGGGAAGAGAGGAGCAUGCAGAGUUUGUCCUGGUCAGGAAGGAUAUUCUCUUCUCUCAGCUGGUGGAGACGGCUCUGCUGGCCCUCGGCUACUCCCACAGCUCAGCCGCACAAGCCCACGGCAUCAUCAAGGUGGGAAGGUGGAACCCGCUGCCCAUCCACUUCCUGACUGACGCACCAGAAGCUACAGUUGCUGACAUGUUGAUGGAGGUCUACCACAUGGUCACUCUACGCAUCCAGCUACAAAGUUUUUCAAAGCUGGAGGAUCUGCCCUGUGAGCAGUGGAACCACGCGACGGUCAGGAACGCUCUCAAAGAGCUGCUGAAGGAAAUGAACCAAAGCACUCUGGCCAAAGAGUGUCCUCUAUCACAGAGUAUGAUUUCCUCCAUAGUUAAUAGUUCCUACUAUGCCAAUGUCUCCACUGCCAAAUGCCAGGAGUUUGGUCGUUGGUACAAGAAGUAUAAGAAAAUCAAAGUAGAUUACUUGGAGAAGAUGUGGUCUGGACGAGAUGCUACUGACAUCAAAAUAGAGAGAGACAACAUGGCAGAUUUCUGUGUUCUGGGCCAGAGACCUCCUCCUCACUUGGCCAGCCUGGCCCAGCUCAGUCACCUGGGAGCUGGCAGUCCCCUCCUCAAGGCGGGAUCAGGAGAUCCGCAGGCGCCCUCUCAACCACCUCCCCCUCCUCCCCAACAACAGCCCUCGCCCCAUGGCCCCCUCCACCACAGCCCUCCUCUCCGUACCGGCCAGGUGCCUCCCCCGCCCCCACCACCCCCGCCUGGAGCCCUGCAGCCCCUGCUGGGACCAGGUGGGCUGCUCUCCCCCCAACUCUCCCCACAGCUGGUGCGUCAACAGCUCGCCAUGGCCCACCUCAUCAACCAGCAGCUAGCCGUUAGCCGCCUGCUGGCCCAUCAGCACCCACAGGCCCUCAACCAGCAGUUCCUCAACCACCCGCCCAUCCCUCGGGGUUCAUCCAAAGUCGGCGGCGACCAUCCUGGGAGCAACCCCUCGGCCGCUGAGGUCUCCUCUGAAAUCUACCAGCAGGUCAGAGACGAGCUGAAGAGAGCUAGUGUCUCCCAGGCCGUGUUCGCCCGUGUGGCUUUCAACCGCACACAGGGCUUGCUGUCAGAGAUCCUGCGGAAGGAGGAGGACCCUCGCACAGCCUCGCAGUCUCUGCUGGUGAAUCUGAAAGCGAUGCAGAACUUCCUCAACCUGCCGGAGAGCGAGAGAGACCGAAUCUACCAGGAGGAGAGAGAGCGCACCAUGAACCCUUCAGUUGGCCUUCCUGCCUCCAACUCCUCCAGCCCCGGUGCUCCACGCCUCUCACAAAAAGUGUGGGAGAGGAACCUGGAUGACCAGAUAACCCCUGAUACCUGGGCCUCCAUCUGGAAGAACAAGACUAAGAUCUCCAACUCUCCGAAGCAGUCCGGCCCGGCCCCUGACCUCCCGCUGAAGCUGGAGUCGCUGGUCAACAUUACGUCAGGCAUCUAUGACGAAAUUCAGCAGGAGAUGAAGAGAGCCAAGGUGUCCCAAGCUCUGUUCGCAAAGGUGGCAGCCAACAAGAGCCAGGGUUGGCUGUGUGAGCUGCUUCGGUGGAAGGAGAACCCCAGCCCGGAGAACCGCACUCUGUGGGACAACCUGUGCACCAUCCGGAGGUUUCUGACCCUGCAGCAGGCCGACAGAGACCUGGCGUACGAGGAGGAGUCCAGACACCAUCACAAUGAGAGGCUGCACACCGUCCUCCACCUGCCACAGGACACACAGCUCUUUUGUCUUUCUCGUCAGGCACUUCACAGGCCACCGCCGGCCCCGAUGAAGGAGCACCGCCUGUCUCCGAUGCGUGAAGAGCAGUUAUCUGCCCCGGUGAAUGAGGAGGGGUCACAGAAUGUGGCAGCAGGAGCUGCAGGCGGAUGUCCACCUGGCACUGUUGGCAGUAGUGGGAGCAACAAGAAGCCACGAUCCCGCACUAAGAUUUCCCUGGAGGCCUUGGGUAUCCUGCAGAGCUUCAUCCAGGACGUUGGCCUGUACCCAGACCAGGAGGCCAUCCACACCUUAUCAGCGCAGCUUGACCUGCCCAAACACACAAUCAUCAAGUUCUUCCAGAACCAGCGCUACCACGUCAAGCACCACGGCCGCCUCAAGGAGCUGGGUGAGGGGGCUGCUGCCAGCGGAGGUGUGGACGUCAGUGAAUACAGAGAAGAGGAGCUGCUUUCGGGCUCAGAGGACCCAGAGUCUAGCGAGGACGGAGCUGAGGAGAUCUACCAGUCCACAGAGGGGAGUGGUGGGAGCACAGGGGGGCUGAACCAGCUUCCGGCCUCCUCCAGCUCCAACUCCAGCCAGUCAUCCUCAGGGACCAACGUUGCUCAGGAGGAAGGCAAGGACAAGGGGCACGGCCGGCCUGGUGGCCCUUUGGCCCCCGGGAGCUCCUCAUCCAGUCCUAGAGAGCAGGCUGACUACCAGAGGUAGAGACUGACAAACAGAGGGAAGAUGACAGAGAAAACGAGAGAGGGAGAGAAAACAAGAUAAAGAAAAGGUCUCUUAUAACGAAGUGAGGCACUGGUCUUGAAUUGAUGGAGGACAGCUGCAUAGAAACUGUGUGAGAGGUGAAUGUCUGUGUAGGCAAAGAUUAACCAAGAAACCAUUAGGCUGAAAUACUGUACAUUGAAACGACCAGACAGACUCUUUAUAGUGACAAUCUCGGACAGACAUCUGUGAAAACCUGAUUUGUGGAGUGAAAUUACCUCAGCAAAAGAGAGCAGAUUCGCAGUGAGCUGUGACACAGCAGUGGUUGUGUAACUGUGAAAGAAAGUUUUCCCAAAAACAUUUAAAUAAUUCAAUCGCUAUCUUUCAUCAGCUGGUAAGACUAUUGCUGCUCAUGCCUCCAGCCUACAAACACAAAAACAAAAUCUCCACGUGUUGACAACCGAAAUCAUCACAGAACUUUCUCCUAAUCAGCCAAUCGGCAGAAAAGACCCUCGGCCUUGGCCAGAAAUUGUUCCCGUUCCUCAUCUCUGAAGUCUGAGCACAGUCACAUAAGACAUACUCCCUGUAUGCUGGGAAGAAUUUGCCCCGCUGAGUGACAUUUAUAGACUGGAUCCCGGGGCCUUCCGAGACCUCUACAAUCCUAUAAAUCCUCAGGACACACACACUGAUAUUGCUAAUGCUGUUGCCUGCCUGAGAGCGUGGAUAGACGGCACUUGCUGUUCAUCUACUUGCUUAAUUUCAUUAUGGAAAAAGGAAAUUACCACCCACGUCCUGUCCUCGCCUCACCGUCACACUCCAGAAUCACUACCAGUCCUAUCUAGCACUUACUGUUCACAAAGACACUGAUAUUUUGUGGAUGUGAUGUACUCUUGCCUCCCUCCCUCCCUCCCUCCGUCUCUUCUCUCAAGGCUCACAAACACUGUGAGGUUUAAAAAUGACAGUGGACAGUUUGGCAGGAGGACAGUGGACCGACAUCAAGAGGAUGUGGCGUGGAGGGACACUCGGGCCUGUGUACCCACGACUCUGAACCCUUCCUGGCAUCACCAGCGUUUGUGUGGCGAGAAAAAUGUCAAGAAAGGAAGGACAGAGCGGAGAUUCAGCAACCAAACAAUCAGUCACUUUAUGUGCGGUAGUCCACCCCUUCCACUCUUCCUCUCCUCUCUCCAUUUCACUCUCUCCCCCUCUCUCCCCUCCUCUCUCUAAUUGGUGCCCACAGUCUCGUGUUUCACCACACCUACCCGCACUUAAACUUCACCAACCCUAUUUAUUGCUAUCUUUAUCCAUGAUUAUUAUUAUCAUUAUUGUUAUUAUUGUUGUUAUUAUGGUUAGAAUUGCUGUCAUCAUGUGCUAUUUUUAGUUUUUAUUUCCAUGGUUUUAAAUAUUGGUUUGUCAGAACUGGGCGGUUGUUUGGGUAACAAGAGACAUUAAGAGUGCUCUGCCCUAAAAGAAGAGGAAGAAAAGCAGCGGAGAGUGAAAGAAAAUAAAAAGAAGCAGUUACUGAGUGUUAUUGGGUAAGAAAAAAGUCCUGUCGUGUUGUAUUAUGGCAAUUUUUUAUAGUUCUGUUUCCCAAAAACAGUAGAUAAGACUUCUUGAAAAGAGAAAUAGUUAAAGAAAGCAAAACUGUGCUAUUUUGCUGCAGUUGAUGACAAUCUACUUUUUUGAGCCAUUAAAGAAAUGUGGCAGGUUUGACUCUGUUCUUCACUUUUGAUGUCUGUAAAUACCCAACACGGGAUAAAUUGUUAUUGAUAUACUUUUAUUUUUUAUUUUGCUGAGUGACUUUUAGUGUUUGAGCCAGUUUGGAGUACCAGUUUUUUUUUUUUUUCCUUUGGACAACUCAGUGAAAUCAACUAAUUUCAUUGUGCCAGGCAAAUUCAAUCACAAGAGUAUUUAAAAAGAAUUCAAACUGUUUUUUUGUUUGAUGUCUGGUGCAGUUGUGUACAAGUAUACAGUAUGUUCAAAACAAUAUCUGAGAAUGGCCAGCGUCUUGUUUGACUAUCCUGAUCGGCUGCUACACUCAAACAGAUGACCUGCCUUUUAAUUAUUACUUCGACUCCAAUCACUCAAUAUGAUAAUAUUGUGUUUUUCUCUAUGACAGGAAUCAGGGUUAGACUCAAAUGCAGUUCCAAUGAAAUCAUCCAGCGUUGAAGUGAAUUAAAAUUUGUGAAUUCAAAAA